AUGUCGACGACACCCUCUGGAGAGAUAUAUGGCAAACGACUUAUUCCACAUGUGAUUGACGACAUCGCCAAGGCAGAUCCCAAACGCGAGUGCUUCUCCAUCCCAUUGUCUUCCCAUCCCGAAGAUGGCUGGAAGGCAGUUUCAUACGGCCAAUAUGCCACCGCCAUCGACCGCCUGGCUCAUCACAUUAUCAAAACGUCUGGCGCACCACGGCCAAAAACCUUUCCGACGCUGACUUAUAUCGGCGCCAACAACGCCACGUAUCUCAUAUUUGCCAUUGCGGCUGCGUUAUUCGUAUCGCCCGUGAACUCGGAAGAGGCGCAACUGCACCUCUUCCAGCUCACCGACUGUCAUGUCAUCUACCAUGACGCCAUGUUCCAGCAGCCGGUCCGGGCCUGGACGGGCAGGCGAGAAGGGACGACGGCGAACCUGUUGGCGCCGCUGGACUUUUGGCUGUGGGACGAGGGUGCAGUGGAGCCGUUUCCGUACGUCAGGACGGCCGAGGAGGCCGAGUGGGAACCGUUCGUCGUGCUGCAGACGAGCGGCGGCAGCGGCCUGCCGAGGCCCGUCGUGGUGCGAAACGGGCUGCUCAUGCUCAACGACAAGCUGCACCAGCUGCCCGUCUGGAACGGGACCGAGCCCGCCGUGCGCGGCCUGGCCCGCUCGCAACGGAACCUGACGCCCAUGCCGUUCUUCCACGCCAGCGGCCUGUACACGUUCUUCGGCUUCCACGUCUACUGGGAGAAGCCCGUCACGUUUGCCAUCACCGACCGGCCGCUCACGGCCGAGUUUGUCCUGCGGCAGCUGGCGCACGCCCCGGCCGACGUCGACUCCAUUUCACUGCCGCCUUUGAUUCUGGAAGAGCUCAGCACCACGGAUGAAGGGUGCGAGGCGCUUGGCAAGAUGAAGUUUGUGGUUUUUGGAGGAGGUAAUCUGAGUGACGCAGCAGGCAGAAAACUGCUGGACCGAGGAGUCGUGCUGCAAAAUUCGUUUGGGUCGACCGAAUGCGGCAUGUUGCCAUACUACUGGCAGGCUAAUCCCCAAGAAUAUCAGUGGCUGCCAAUCCACUCAGAAGUCCUCGGUGCUGAGUGGAGGCCGGUAGCUGGACAAGACGACGUGUUCGAGCUGGUCAUUGUGCGCAAGGAUUGCCCCUCCAGCAUCCAGGGGGUCUUCUAUACGUUCCCAGAUCUGCACGAGUGGAGCUCCAGGGACCUGUUCAGGAGGCACCCGACGCUGCCGGACCACUGGAAGUACCAGGGGCGCAGCGACGACCUGAUGGUUUUUUCAAACGGGGAGACGCUCGACCCCGUCGCGGACGAGAGUGCUUUGAACAGAAAUGCAAGAGUUGAAACCGCUAUUGCAGCGGCCACGAUGCGGUCACACUCGCUCAGGCCCGCCGACGCCAGAGCAUCCUGCGCCAUGUCCGCCCUUCUGGCGAGGUACACCCAAGACCUGCCGGCCGCGCCCACCGUCAAGAAGCCGGCCGCCCGCACCUCGCAGCAGACGGUCGUGCUGACCGGCAGCACGGGCCGGCUGGGCGCAUACCUGCUCGACAUGCUGGCCGCCGACCGGGCCGUGGCCAAGAUCGUCUGUCUCGACCGCGCCCGCCAGCCCGGCGUCAACGCAGAGCCCGGGCUGCCGCCGCGCCCUCCCGACCACCUGGCCAAGGCCGAAUUUCUCCACGCAGACCUCGCCCGGCCCGACCUCGGCCUCGGCGUCGAGGCCUACGCGCGCCUGCUCGCCGACGCAGACCGCGUGAUCCACGCGCAGUGGCCCGCCCAUGAUGAAGACUCUUCCUUCUCCUCCUCCUCCUCCUCCUCCUCCUCCUCCUCCUUCUCCUCCUCCACCCUCGCCCUGCCGGCCUUGAAGCCGCACGUCCGCGGCGUGCGCAACCUGGCGGACCUGUGCGCGGGCGCCGCGCGCGACGUGCGGCUGGUGCUCGUGUCGUCCGUCCUGGGCGCCACGGGCUGGGACCCCCGGGACCCGGCGUCCAGGGUGCCCGCGGGCCCGUACGCGCAGGGCAUGCUGGUGGCGGAGCGGGUGCUCGAGGCCGUGGCCGGGGGUGCUGGGCUGUCGGCGGCCGUGGUGCGCGUCGGGCAGGUCGCGGGGCCCGAGGACCCGGCUGGGCGGUGGAGUGCCGACGACUGGCUGCCGAGGCUGGUGGCGUCGUCGGUGAGGACGCUGGGCGUCCUGCCGCGGGACCUGGGCGCCUCGAGCACCGUCGACUGGGUCACGGCCGAAGGGGCGGCCAGGCUGGUGCUGGAGGCCGCUGCCGGCCGGGCCGUGGGCGGUUCAGGGUGCUGCUGCGACUACUACUACGGCGUCAACCCGCAUGUGGUGCAUUUUUCGACCCUGAGCAGGGCGAUCAAGGAGUUUUAUGGCGAGAGGGUUCGGGAGCUGGUUGCGUGCGAGGACUGGCUGGCGGCUUUGGAGGAGAGUGGGAGACGAGGAAGCGGUGAUGCUGCGAGCAAUCCGGCUCUGCAGUCGUUGGAUUUCUACAGAGGCUUGUCGAGCGGGGACGCGGUCGAAUAUGCUACCUUGUCGUUUUCUUUGGACGAGAUACUCGAGGCCAGCCCGACCAUGAGGGAAAUGAAGGCUAUUACCCCUGAGUUGAUGGUUCAAUGGUGCCGGCGGUGGGAGUUUUAG